AGAGAACAGCUUGAGAGGGAAAUUUAUGACAUCCUGGAUGAGAUAAUGUCUCUUCUGGGUGCAGUCUCACCCAGUCAGAAAUCUGCAUCGGACACUGACACUCAAUCGGAGGCGGAUGUCAAGGAAAAAGAUGAAGACAGAUCAGAAAAAGUUGAAGAUGAUACAGAAGUUAUCACAGAAGCAGGAAAUGCUUUAGACAGUGCCAGCAGCAUAGAGCGCGGAGACAACCAUUUGCUGUCACCUAAGGCUGACAUUGUGAAUUCCGUGUAUUAUGAUGCACAAAAGCUGACGGCCCCUAGCAACACACCUAUGAGUCGAUCUAUGACAGAGUCUGAAGGCACAAUGACCUGUUAUGAUGAUCUGUAUAUUGAAGAAGAACAAGGUUCAGUCAUAAAUCAGAACAGAGAAGCCCAAUCACAGUUAUCAGAAGACACAGAUAUAUCAAUCAUAGAUAAAGAAACGUCUCUCCAAAAUAACGAUUUCCAGUCAACGAAAACGACUAAAAAUGAAUAUGGAGACAAUAAUGCUCUACACAUUGAUGAAAUAAAAGAACUUUUUUCCGAUGAAAUCAAAACAGACGACAAUGUUAUUGAAGAUACUGCAUCUGGAAGUGACGUAAUGGAAAAAUCAACUUCUCCAAAAACAGAUGUUUCAUCAGAACAGUCAGUGUCAUUCGAUAAAAAUGAGCAAAGAGAGGAUUUGUUUCAGUCAGCUUAUGAAGAAACUCCAAAGAAAUUACAGUCUGAUUUGUAUGAUGAUCAGCUUUACAUGUCAGCUGUACUUUAUACAUCGAGUAAGGGUGUUAUUUCUUCUGUAGAUGAACUAACAACUGUAGGAGAGACUAUCUGUUCAUCUCACACAAAUUUACCAGAUAAAACUGAUACAGCUGAGACACCUAUAGAUGACACAUUGCCUAUAGUGGACACAUCUGAUACAGCUGAGACAUCUGGUGUUGAUGACACAUCUCCUACAUUAGACACAGCUGAAACAGCUGAGACAUCUGCUGUUGAUGACACAUUGCCUAUAUUAGACAGAGCUGAUACAGCUGAGACAUCUGCUGUUGAUGACACAUUGCCUAUAUUAGACACAUCUGAUACAGCUGAGACAUCUGCUGUUGAUGACACAUCUUCUACAUUAGACACAGCAGAAACAGCUGAGACAACUGCUGUUGAUGACACAUUGCAUAUAGUGGACACACCUGGGCUAGUUGAGACAUAUGUUGUAGACGACGCAUUGGCUUUAGUGGGCACACCUGACCAAGCUGAAACAUCAGCAAUUGAUCAAACGUGUGCUUUCACUGGUGAAUACUUUGAGCCGCAAGCGGAACAAACCAAUGAGCAACAAUUCAGGCCAGAAAUGAAUGAAGGGCUGCAAGACUCAUCGUAUAAUCAGACAGAAAAGCCCAUGUUUACAUCAGGUGCAGACACACCUGAAGAUGCCAGAAAUCGGGACCAUACUCCAGAUGAUCUAUAUAAAUCAGCUUUAGUGGACACUGAGCAGAGAUCAGAUUUAAACCAAAGUGAAAAUGACUUUUACACAACAGAAUUAGAUAGGUCGGACAUUUCGCAGACAGAAGAAGAAUUGUUCACAUCAGCUUUCGAGGAAGCCUCGCCGACAUGGCAACAUGAAUAUCAGUCAUCCUACUGUGGCAGUUCGUGGAAUGAUGCGCACAUAGCUCAAGAUCUGAACUAUCGGACCAAAAGUGCAUCACCACCCAAAAUCCAGGUCCCGGAAGUGCGUGUACAGCCGUGUGAUGAAGAAGAGCCAUACGAUCCAUACAGUGAUGAUGUGUACAUUCAGACGGGAGACUCAAGUCAGAUGUCCAGCUCUCAGUGGUACGAUGACGACGUCACAGACUCCAAAAGAUUCCAAAAGGAUGAAAGAGAAGUUACAGAAAUGGACAGCUUUGAAGAUGACUUUGACAUUAUCAAGUACCCAGACGAUGUGGACCUGGAAAACACAAGUACAGGAGACGGUCGUCAGAUUGAGGUUGCGUUAGAAUUUAAAUCAGAAAAACGCUCUGAGACUGUUGGAACAGAGGAGAUAACUGACAUUGACUCAGAACAGUCCGUCUUGUUUCGACUCCAAACCCUGUACUACGUAGACCGACAUGGCAACAGAAUGUUUUCAGAAGAGUUCUCCGAAAAGCAAGAAAUAGAUUUCACUGAAGAGGCCUUGUCCGAAAGUUCCCACAAGGAGCAAAUUGAUGAUGGUUUCGUCAUCGUAGAAGAAGCUGAUAAUGAAAAUGAAACCAGUAAUACAUCGGUUUUUGAAUAUGUGAGAGCCGAUGAUAAAGAGGUUUCACAGCUCGAAAGAGAGUGUUUACCAGACCAGCGCACUAAUGAGCAGAUGCAGGCAAGCUUUGAUGAGAGGCUCAGGGAGUAUUCCCCAGAGCAGCACACUAAUGAGCAGAUGCAGGCAAGCUUUGAUGAGAGGCUCAGAGAGUAUUCACCAGAGCAGCCCACUAAUGGGCAGAUCCAGGCAAGUUUUGAUGAGAGGCUCCGAGAGCAUUCAUCAGAACAACGCACUAAUGAGCGGAUGCAGGCAAGCUUUGAUGAGAGGCUCACUGAUGAGGUGGCUGAAAAUAUUGUCAACGAAGUUUUAGCAUCACAAGAACAGGAAUGCAGAUUCUCUGAGCUCCGCCAAGCUUCUCAACAAAAACACAGCAGCGGCCCAUUAAUAGCGUCAACUGUGGAACGUGCUUGUGAAAAGUUCACGGAAAACGUUCAAAAAGUUUCCCCUGAAACUGAAUCUUACCAACACGUAAAUGAAAAUGUUGAUUUAUUUAAAGAAUCAGAAACUGACCAAUCACAACCAGAGAUCAUAUCGGAUGCUGAUUCAACAUGUCAAAAGGAAACAAAUGAGAUUUCAGAAUCAAAAGACCGUGGAGUGCUUCCGAAUGAAUCCACUGAUGAAACUCAAAUAGUUGUCUCUAAAACUGAUAUUGAUAUGUCAAAAACAAGUCCUGAUGACGAGCUAGGUUUGAACAACCUCUCAAUUGAAGCCAUUGAUGCCUCAUUGUCUGAUAUCGGAAUCCAGCAACAAACAAAAGCUGACGAGGAUGUAUCUGUGCUUAAUCAAGUUCUUGAUAAAAAUGAAAUACUUCCGGAGGAACGUGUUCAGACAUUAAUGACAAACGACAAUGAUUUCAAAACAGAAGACGUUGAAGUCAAGAGCGUCGACCAGCCAGAUGAAUGGGACAGUGCGAACCUUGUCGACACAAACGAUGAUAGUAGCGCGGUCAAUUUUAAGAACAACGAUCCACAUUAUGAAGUUGAAGACUGUCCGGUAUCGCCUGCAGAAAAUAUCGAACCUGAAUUUGCCUCCAUGACAACUUCAGACUCUGAUAUCACGUCCCCAGAUGUGCACGAUUCAAAUUACUGCCUUGACUACUUUGAAAAAUCAUUGGCAGAGGCAAGAGAGAAUUCAGAGAGAGACAGAACGUCAAAAUUGGAUGACAUGUACUCCCGUUCAGAUAGCAUCCCCGGAUCAACAGAAAAAGGAGAUGAAAGAGAAGAUGAGGAUGAAGAAAUGUACACAGAUGAAGACGAUCAAUUCGCCGAUGGCGAUGAUUCCGAUUCGGACUUUGAAACUCCCCAGUACCGAGAGCGAUUGAGAGAUGAGGUCGCAUCCGCCAUCUCAAAGGAAAUCGUCCUCAUGGCAGAAGUCGAGGUGGCCAUGGAAGAUCUCACAAACCCCAAAGAAUCACCAAUGAGUCCUUUGGAUGAACAGUCGUGCUAUGAAGCAUUUGCCAAGUAUGAAUCCUACAGUGAGGGGCGUGAAGAAGAAGCGGCAUCUGAGGAGACAUUUGGCGCAUCACAUUUGUGUGAGCCAAAUGAAAAUCUAAACGUGUCUCCGUACGAACAAACAUUAUCGGAAAUCCCAAAUUUGUCAGAAAGUCAUGAAAAUAUUAGCACUGUUCAAGACGUUGAUAGUAAAACUGAGAUUAAAGCGAAGGACACUGCAGAAGUCCACACUGAACCUAAUGAUAGGCAUAAACGAAUCCCAUCCCUGUAUGAACGAUCCAUGUCAGCCAAACUGUCCAGGGCUAUGAGUGACGACCCCAGCAAAUGGGGCUACGUUUUUGACCAAGACGAAGAUCUAUUUAUAGAUGACGUCAUUGAACAAUUUAAAUCAGAAGGAACACGGGAAGCUACGAUCCCGGUUGAAGAGAGUAAUUCAACGUUACACCAAGAGAAAGAUUAUAAACUGAAAAAUGAUGCCGAAUGUGGUGAAAUCGAGCAGUUAAAAUCAGAAACAGCUUCGAAGCCGUCAAUUCUCGUUGAAGAAGACCUUUCACUUUUAGAUCAGGACGACGUCUCUGAAUCUGAAAAUGACACAGGCGAUGAGAACGAAAUGCCAUGUGAAGACUUUGUGGAAGUGGGAGAUGCAACAACCGAAGGAGCGCUGAAAGAAUCCGAAGAAGAGGGGCACUCACAUGCUGGUUUAGACUUUCCUGAAAAGGCUGAUGUGCAGCACGGGGAAGACUUUUUCCAUGAUGGUGAAGAAACUAGUGAACACAAACUCCGAUUCUCUAAAUCCAAAAGGAGAAGGUUACAACGGAAAAGACUUAAGUUAGCAAUAGAAGCGAGCGACAGUGCUGAUCACACUUCUGACGCCCAUGAUCCAAAUUCUGAAACUGAUGACAUUUCGGCGACGAGAGAAAUUGCCGAAGAGACAGCAGCUAAGCAUACGAGCAGUGGGGCCGUCGAGAAAAGGAAGACAAAAAAGAAGAAGCAAGUCGAACAUCAAGUUUCCUGCAGCACCGACUCCGAGCUUGGACACAGGGAACAAGAUUUUGACUUUGCGGAAGCAAAACAAACUUACCCCAGUUCAACGGCGGCCAUCGGGCACCUAAGCGCCUUUAGUGAGGGGGAAACUCGGGCCAAGAAAAUACAAAGAAAAAAGCACAGAGGGGGAAGUUCCACAGCCGAUGAGCCAUCCAGUGAGCAAAGUAAGGCCCAGGCUACCAGACCAGCACUUCUUAAUUUGCAGGACGGAGCGCAGGCGAAUGAUUCUGGAAAGAGCACUGUGAAAAUAUCCUUGCCGACUGUGCAAAUAAUGGCAGACGACAGUAACGAUUUACGUCCAGUCGAAAAGGAUAAAUCAGAACAUCGCCAAGGCCGUGCCCAUUCGGCAGACAAAAAAGGUGCUGGCAAUGAGGCUGGUCACUUACUCACUUUGGGAGGUCAGAAGCCAAGAGGACGUUCAAGGUCCCCGGCACCACCAAGCCUGAGACGCAUCACAGGACAACCACAGCGAAGACGUCCACGCAAAAAUAUUGUCGUUGUCCCAAACCCUCACCCAUUCUAAACACAGAACGAGUUGACCUGUAUCUGUUGCAGAUCAACAGACAUCAAGUAUAUUAUUAAAUACACACUUGUCAAAGCCCAAAUAAACUCAACGUAAUAAUUUGAUUAUAUAACUCGUGAAUAUCUGAUUCUGUUUUCACCCAGAGGUAUCUGGAAUUUUUCAUACAGGGAAAAAGUAGCCCACUUUAAGGUUGAAAAAAACAACAACACUUGUAUGCAAAAUGGGAGUCGCUUAGUCAAUUAUUUUGUCACGUGAUGUGAGUAAAAACGAGUAAGAUUUCCGGUAUACUGUAUACAACACACUAGUGCUUGACAACAGUAGCCCGCUACACACUACAACUACACUACAUUUCGUCCAAUGAAAAUUAACAAUAAAAUAAACAAAGGGGAAUGACUCCUGCAUCAAUAUUGAAUAAAAACGCAAAUGACGUCAUGAGCACACACGGAGCUCAACAACAUCCUGCCGAUAAUAGUAUUGAUAGUUCCCAUCGAAUAUCACUCACACAUUUUUCUUGAAAUAACUUUCUUCCUUUAAUUAUAACUGACGUAUAUUUAUUGUCACAUGUAUGUAUUUCAUUUAAAAAACGCUUGUAUUCCAUAAUAUUACGAAAGGUAAAAUUUUUAAUUAACAUGACAUUGGGGAAGCACUGAUGAAGUAUCUUUUGUUGUGUGUAGCAGCCUAGUGAUGGCUUACUCACAUCACGUGACCAAACAAGGAAGUGACUAAGCGACUCCCAUUACUACUUACAUUACACCUUAUGAAAGAUGACUCUUGCAUGCAUUCUAUUAGUUGAUAAGAUCGGGUGAUUUCCUGAACUCUCAGAAAGUAGAUUUUUAACUUGUUUUUUCCAAGCCUUUAGCCACCUUAAAAAAAAACAAGCUUAUUGACAAUAAUUUCCAUGCAUGUUAUUAAAAAACAAACAUAAAUGUCACAUUACACAUUAUUUAUCAUAGCAUGAAGGCAAGUUUAUCACAUUGAUAUCAUGGAAAAUGAUUUUAAUAAUAUUUAGCCAGAUUAGUUAAAACAUAUUUUUAAAGUUUUAAAUGAAUGCUUUAGUAAUAUGUGUAACUUUUCUUCGUGUAUCGUCUUCCUUUGUGAAGAUUGCUGUUUUGUUUCGUUGCGUGAUAUUUACAUGUUCUUUGUUUUUUAAAUGUAAAAUAAAGGGGAUAUAAUGUAUGCUAUUCAGAGCAUUGGUGUAACGCAUUUCUUUCUUAAAAAAAAAAAAGGAAGUCAAACGUAUUUUUAAAAAAAUCAGUGACUUCGACUUUAAUCAUUUUUUUUGUCAUAUAUAUUUGCUUGUUUGCAGUGGCGUAGGCCUACUUUAAAUAUUUAUUUGUUCCCCAUUCUAUAUGCCUUAUUAUAAUCUAUCUCUUUGAAAAAAAUCCAUUUGACAUGAAGUGCUUUGUGUUUAAAGUUUUAAAUUAUUUAUAUUAAAUUUUAAAAAAAAUAUUGAGCACGGAAAAUGAAAUAUCUAUUAAAAAUGUUACUCUAUAUUUAUUGAGGGUAAAUUGUAUGCAAUAACUUUUGAAUAACUUAACGUGCAAAAUGUUGUUUGUUUGCAUGGGGUAUUUGAGACCACGGAGGCCAUACAGCAUUUAUGCAGAUUUUUUAAAUUAUCUAUUGUCAUUUAUAUAUCAUUGAUGUACAUUGUCAUUAAAUUUAUAGAGUGUCUCAUAAAAUAUAUAGGCUACUAUACUAUACAAACACAUUUAAACCACAUUGAUUUUAAUACAACAAUUUUAUAAAGGAACUAUUAUCUUGCUAGAUAGAAUAAUUCUGUUUUCUCAGUAUCUGGGUAAUGUUGGAACAAAUAAUUUUAUUUAAAUAAUAAGGGGCCAAACCAAUAACUUUUUUUUCCCUUCAAAAGGUUGUAAAAUUGUUUAUCCUUAUAAAUAAAACUGGCAAUAUAUAUUCACAUAACAUUACCCAUGAUACCUCGACAAACUUGAACUUAUUUAUUUUUGCGUAUAUUUACAAACACAAGAGUGUAGUUGUCUUUCAUGAUGCAAUUAUUCAUUAAUGUACAUCCAACCCAAACAACUUCUUGUGUUAACACUUUGCUUUCAAAAGAAAGUUAAGAUUUUUUAAGUCUUUCAAAAUAGAAAAAAACUACACCAUAUCUUUCAAAAACAAUAUUUAUUCUAAUGUUGAAACUCGUCAUAUCCCCUAUCUCUAGUCUAUUUUUAAUUAUCUUGUUACAAUUUUUAC